AUGCCGAAUAAUGAUGGUUUCGAACCUGUGUUACCAACUGUUUCUUCUGUUUCUCGAUCUGCUUUUCAUGACGACGAUUAUACGCAUCCAUGUCAUCCUCUUUAUGUUCAUCCAUCUGAUAUUUUAGGAUCUUCUUUAGUUUCUGUACCUUUUGAUGGUACUGGGUACGGGAGUUGGAGACGAACCACUCUUGUGGCCUUAUCUGUUAGAAACAAACUGGAUUUCAUUAAUGGAAUUUCAUUUAAACCUCCUGAUAGCUCUCCUUUGGCGAGACAAUGGCAGAGGUGUAAUGAUUUGGUUGUCUCUUGGUUAAUUAACUCCCUAUCCAAAGAUAUUUCUUGUAGUGUUGAGUACUCUGAACUUGCCAAAGAUAUUUGGAGUGAGUUGGAGGAAAGAUAUGGUCAGGCAGAUGCUGCAAGGGUAUUUGAACUUAAGAAAGAACUUGCUCACAUCUCACAAGGAUCGCUUGAUAUUGCUUCUUAUUUCAACAAAAUCAAGCAAUUAUGGGAUGAAAUUGAUGCCUUGUCAAUUAGUAGAGUCAGGUCUUGUAGUAACUGUGGUUUCAAAUCUGACUAUCAAAGGGAUGAUGAUGUUCAAAAGGUGUACCAAUUUUUGAUGGGUCUCAAUGAUAUAUAUGUGCAAACCAGAAGCAAUAUUUUCAUGAUUAAACCAUUUCCAUCUGUGAGUACUGUCUACAGCAUAUUAUUGUCAGAUGAGAAGCAGAGGCAGGUCUCUACCUCUCCUCAGUUUCUCCCUACAUCUGCAUCUUUCAAUGCUGGGAAACCUGGUCACACUAUUGACAAGUGCUACAAGUUACAUGGGUAUCCUUCAAAUUUUAAGUUCACAAAAGGGACUGCCAGUAGGAAAGUUGCAGCUCAUGUUGAACUGAAUUCUCCCUCUCCUUUUGUUAAUGUGAUUUCUUAUUCUGACAAGCCAUCUGAGUCUAGUAAUGCUCCAAUGAUUUCUGGUUUAACACAAGAUCAAGUUUCCCAACUGAUGAUGCUACUGCAACAUUCUCAUGUAUCUGCUGAUUCCUCCUCUACUCCCACUCUUAUGGCUUCUGCUAACUUUGCUGGUAAGCUGUUGUCAGAAAGUAUUUCUCUCAAAUCAUGCAUGUUUUCACAAGUAGAUAGUUUUGUUUGGAUAAUAGAUUCUGGAGCUUCUGAUCAUAUGACCUCUCAUAAAGAACUUCUGUUUAAUCUAAGGACAUUGCCUAUACCUUGUCUAGUCUCUCUCCCAAAUGGUUACAAAGUAAAGGUCCAUUUAAUAGGAUCCUUAAAUUUGUUUCCAAAUUUCACAAUUCAUCAUGUUCUGUAUGUUCUUUCCUUUCAAUACAAUCUUAUUUCUGUUCAUAAGUUGUUAGAACAGUACAAUGGGAUUGUUUUGUUUACCAGAACUCUUUGUGCUAUACAGGCCCCUUCUCUGAAGAUGCCUCUGGUUCUUGGUAAAUUGCACUACAAUCUCUACAAGCUACUUCUUCCACCUGUUGUUUCUUCUAGUGCUGCCUCCAGCUACUCUUCUAGUGCUAUUCUCCUGUUUUUCCCCCUAUUACUUCUCCUGUUUGUGUUUUUCCUGAAAUACAAGAUGAUGCAAAAAAUGUAA